GGUACUGUACAAUAUGCAUUGGAUUGCCACUGUCGGGACGCUAGAAGCUACUAUCUGCCACAUUCGGCGUUUCGGCGAUAUGAUUUUCUCCCUCAAACGCUGCUUCCACUAGGAUAUAAGGGAGAGAUGUUAUUAAGAUACAAAGAGCGCGACGGUGGAGGGGGCAUUUUUGUUUUUCCCCCCGGCUACCCAAAACGCCUCUCAUACAAAACCUGGCGAAAGUGGCACUUGAUUGUGGCACUUGACCAGGCAUCAUGUCUUUCAGGUGAGUCGGGUGCUGCUUCCUGAUGAUGAUGAUGCAUCGAGGACACUCACUGACACGGUCCCUCUCACCCAGACAAGACAAACUUGUCCUGCUGCUGGAGACCGGUACCUCGUCCCAAGUCCGUCAAACAGCAGCGAAACAAUUGGCUGAACUGGUCAUCAAGACAUUUCGAGCGACGCUGGAUCCUAAACGAGAGAAUGAAGGAACGUCCUCCGAAAAUCAGUCCAACACCAUGACUAUCCAUGGUCAAGUGAACGAAGAUGACGCUUGGAAUCAAGUCCUCGACACCAUCUCCAAAAUCUUACCCCUGCUUCAAUCCAAAUCGUCAGAUGCGAGGUAUGCAGCGUCCACCGCGCUAGGUCUAUUAGCCAAGUCCUUGCCCGAGUAUACACCCAUACAUCCAAUCGCGUCCUCGAGUACAUCUCAAGCCAUAAACUUGCAUGCUCUCUUAAAAGAUGGUCAAUUGUUGCUCGCUUCCGCAGGAAGAGAAUACAUCGCCAAAGUCUCCAAAGCCGAUCGAGCGAAAAGGAAAAAGGCAAUGAUGGGGUCUUUGGGUCUCGGCGGAGGAGUCGGAUGGGGUGAAGAUGUUGACAAGGAGAUAGGUGAUGAGGAAGAGGAGGAUGGAGACGCGGAAACUGGAGUGAAUGGUGAAUCUGCGGAGAGGGUCGAAGCCUCAACAUCGGAUCCGUUCGAAGGUCUGAGUGCAAGACAGAUCACCAUGCUCAAGAGGAAAAAGGGGAACAUUGUGGAAGAGGCCAACAAACUUCGUCGGUUAAAUCAGGCGAAUAGUGCUGGUCCACCUGGAUCAACCCAAUCUUCAAACACCUCCACGCCAGGUGCCACGACGCCGAUAGAUACCGACAAGCCAGAAAGCGUGAUCAUAGAUCCAGGUGCUAAAGCGAGAGCAGCUGCUGCAUCCACACCAGCAUCCACUUCUGGAGGAGCCAUCGAAAUCUCCUUGGACAAUUUUGAUGCGGAUGGAAAUCUCAUCGCUGAGUCAUCCAAACCAACAUUGGUUCUCAGCCCUGGGACCACACCAUGGACUUUGACCAUCUGCACCCUCUUACCUCGACUGAACGACCCCAUGUGGCAAGUCCGACACGGUGCAGCUCUGGGCAUCAUGGAUCUCCUGCGUCAUGUAGGCGCUUCGCUCUCAUCUGAUCUCCUGUUAGAGCUCGGUCGAUCUCUACUGUCUCUCUUGGCGAUGGAUCGUUUCGGCGACUUCGUAGGAGAUACCGUCAUUGCUCCCGUGCGAGAGACUGCAGCUCAAGCGCUCGGUGUCCUGCUCAAGUAUUUGGUGGACCCAGAGACUAUAUCUGAAGUUCAUGGGACCCUUAUGGAGAUGAUCAGACAGUCUUGGGCGAAGCGUGGAAAGGCUGCUGAGGGUCUCGGGCGAGGUGAUAAAUUCGCCUGGGAGGUGAGGCAUGCGGGACUCUUGGGAGUCAAGUAUGAAGUUGCUGUGAGGGGAGACCUGCUAGGACCAUCCAAGGUCGAGGCCGAAAUGGUCAAAACGGAGGAUGUCAAAAUGGAGGACAUCAAGCCCGAUAUCAACGGGGACGGUGCGACUAAUGGCAAUGGGCCACACGGAAAAGGCCUGGACAUUUUGCAUGAUGUCGUCGAUGCCGCGGUCUUGUCGAUGACAGAUGUAGACGAUGACGUGAGAAGCGUCGCGGCUUCGGCUCUACUCCCGAUCACUGGCAUCCUUGCUCGGUCCUUGUCAUCAGAAGAGCUCGGAAGCCUUUUGACGACCCUCUGGGGAUGUCUGCAAGGGGGCAGCGACGACCUUGGGAGCAGCACUGGAGCUGUCAUGGAACUCUUGUGCGAGAUGUUCACCCAUGAUGCCGUCAUGAAUAUGACUUCCGCUCAGACUGACUACUUUUCCCGCCUGUUCGCCUUCAUCCGACAUCCUAUCUAUUCAGUCAGACUGUCCGUGGCCAAGAUGCUCCAUGUCCUCGCUACUGAUCCUCGACUGGCGCCACGGACGAAAUGGAUGCAAGAGUCUUUUCCGUGUCACCUGUAUCAAAAUCUGAUACUGGAGGAGCGAUCCGACAUUCGGGCAUUGUGUCUCUCAGCACUACGAGCGGUGUUACAAGACACUCGAGCUGAAGCUCGAUUUGACAUGCUGGAAGAUCACCUCGAGGACUGGUACGGGCUCGCCAUGACACCUAUCGGAGUUUCAAUAGACGAAGGGCUACUGUACAAGGCUCAGGGAAACAGGACUGGACAUAAUAUCGACAAGCCCUUGAUCGCUGGAGAUUUGUCACUCGUGCCCGCGGAAGCAGUCAUGGAAAGGCGUCUGGACGCUGCAAAGGCGCUGGCCCUCUUCAGGCUGUACGAAUCCGACGAGGACAUGACAUUCUUGCAACGGUAUCUUGGGUCCAACUCAGCGCAUCAGACCUUCAUGGCGACUGUCAUCAUUCAAGAGUGGGUCGCUCAGAUUACUGCUGGAUAUGUCAAAUCUGAGACAAAUGGACAUGAAAUCAAAGACGAAAUCAAGCUGGAAGAGUCAGCCGUGUCGACCGUGUUCGACAUUGAAACGGCCAGACCACUCGUCAAUGUCUUGAUCGCCCGAAUAGAGGCGCCGCCACCUUCGACUUACUACGAAAUGGAUGUCAACCUCCAGCGAAUACACAAAGAGUGUCAGGCCCUGCUGAACGCUUUCCAUGUGGAAGCCAAAGUACCAAAGGCCAAGAUACCUGCCUUGCCGCUCAAGGGCUUCACCUUGGCAACUGCCCAGAAUGUUGUCACUGAGCAUGUGGACCUCUUGUCUCGCACACUCUCUACCCCUCUCGCCAAGACGAUAUUGCCGGGCUUGAAGGAUCGACAGCGCAAAGUUAUGGGAUCGAUCGGAUUCUCCAGUAUCAUGAAAGAGCGCUAUGAUAUCAUGGUCGCCGCCGGAGUCGCUGGAGCGCUCAUUUCCAUCGGCCAGAUGCCAACAAAGAUAGGACCCGUCAUUAAAGCUGUCAUGGACGGGGUGAGGAAAGAAGAGAUGGAGGUCAUCCAGAUCCGAGCAGCGAGGUCAGUCGCUGGAUUCGUCGCCUAUGCCUAUUCACCUCGAUUUGCUGGCAAAGUCAAUCCUGUUGACAAAGUCGUCAAGAAUCUCUUCACAUUCCUCAACCAAGAUACGAGCAUGACCCCAGUGUUCAAUCCUGCGAUCGAUACCAAUCAGAUCAUAUCCCUCAGCGAGGACAAGCCUGCGUCUGUCACACGCGCUGCUGGAGGUGUCACCGUCGCCGAAGAGACGGAAGAGCAGAUCUUGAUGCGCGUCACUCGCCGCGGAGCGCUUUACGCGUUUAAACGUCUGGCGGAUGAAUUUGGACCCCGGCUAUUCGAUACUGUUAUCAAGGUCUGGGAAGGUCUCGCAUCGCCUCUGAACGUGUUCUCUACUGCGGAUCCAGAAGAGGUAAACAAGCAAUUACUCGAGGGUCAGAACGGGCAAAAUGCCAUUGACGCCUUGUCUUCCUUGCGUCUCACUGUACCGUAUCUGGACCAAUCCCUGCACGAUCAACUAUCGGACCUCUUCCCCUUGGUCAUCUCGGCCCUCGGGAGUUUUCAUCCGCAAAUCCGGAACGCAGCUGCGAAGUGUAUCGCUGGCAUGUGCGAUUAUAUGACUGAUCAAGGUAUGAGACGAGUAGUUGAUCAUAUCGUUCCUAUGGUCAGCGAUGCCAAACAGGUCUGCUCUCGACAAGGGAGCGUUGAGGCUAUACACCAUAUCAUCAAGGUCUUGGACAUGAAGGUCUUGCCGUAUAUCCUGUUCCUGAUCGUGCCUGUCCUUGGACGGAUGAGUGAUCCGGAUGAACCAACAAGACUACUGGCCACGAGUACAUUUGCUCAGUUGAUCAAGAUGGUCCCACUGGAGGCUGGUCUUCCCGACCCUCCCAAUUUCUCUACGGAGCUUCUCGCUAAGCGUGAUGAAGAGCGCGCUUUCCUCAUGCAGUUGCUAGACGGGAACAAGGCCGAACAGUACGAGAUACCUAUCAGCAUCAAGGCGGACUUGAGACAGUAUCAACGCGAGGGAGUUAGUUGGCUGGCUUUCUUGGCCAAAUACCAGCUUCAUGGGAUCCUGUGUGAUGACAUGGGCCUAGGGAAAUCUCUCCAAUCCAUUUGUAUCGUCGGCAGUAAGCAUCAUGAAAGAGCAGCAAGACACAAGUCCUCGCCGUCACCCGCAACGGCCCAUCUACCCUCUUUGAUCGUUUGCCCGCCAACUCUGACUGGACAUUGGUACUAUGAGAUCCUGAAAUUCACCGACGAUCUCAAGCCGCUGCAAUAUGUCGGGUCAGGUGGAGAACGAGCGGCUCUGCGACCCAAGAUCAAAAGCGUCGACGUCGUGAUCACAUCCUACGAGACUGUGCGAUCAGACAUCGAAGAAUUGUCCAAGAUCGAUUGGUUAUACUGCGUUCUGGACGAAGGACACAUUAUCAAGAAUGCAAAGACCAAGCUAUCAGCAGCGGUGAAAAAGCUCAAAGCUCAACAUCGACUCUUAUUGUCCGGUACGCCGAUCCAGAACAACGUGCUGGAAUUGUGGAGUUUAUUCGACUUCUUGAUGCCUGGAUUCCUUGGCAGCGAGAGGGUGUUCAACGAUCGAUUUUCAAAGCCUAUCCUUGCUGAUCGAGAGGGGAAAGCCACGCCGAAGGAGCGAGACGCAGCUGCGGCGGCUCUGGAGGCUUUGCACAAGCAAGUCUUGCCGUUCCUUCUCCGCCGACUCAAAGAAGAUGUCCUGAAUGACCUACCACCCAAGAUCAUCCAGGACUACUAUUGUGAUCUCUCGCCUGUCCAGAAAGCGCUAUACGACGAGUUUUCCAAAUCCCGCGCCGCUGAAGAAGUGGGUGAAGAGGUGACAGGCGAGGACGGUAGCGGAGGACAGACCCACGUCUUUACGAGCUUACAGUACCUGCGCAAACUCUGCAAUCACCCUUCGUUGGUCGUUCAAGGUCAUGAAGAUUGGCUCAAAGUCAAAUCCAAGGUCCCUGACGCUCUACCCCUCACGGACAUUUCCAACGCUCCGAAGCUCGAGGCUUUGCGUCAAUUGCUCACGGAUUGCGGGAUAACUGGUUCAAAGACGGACGAAUCGACAGGAAGUCAACAUCGAGUGUUAAUCUUUUGUCAACUCCGGACCAUGUUGGACAUUAUCGAAUCGCAUCUCUUCAAACCUUUGAUGCCUCACCUGACUUAUAUGCGAAUGGACGGCUCGACCGAACCUCGAAAACGACAUGCCGUGGUUCAGACAUUCAAUGCAGACCCCAGGAUUGAUGUCCUCCUCCUGACUACGUCUGUGGGAGGUCUCGGAUUGAAUCUCACGGGAGCGGAUACCGUCAUCUUUGUCGAUCACGAUUGGAAUCCUAUGAAGGAUCUCCAAGCUAUGGAUCGAGCGCAUCGGUUAGGUCAGAAAAAAGUGGUCAACGUCUAUCGAUUGAUCACCAAGGGAACGCUGGAAGAGAAGAUUAUGGGAUUACAGCGGUUCAAGCUCAAUAUCGCAAGCUCUGUCGUGACUCAACAGAACGCAGGGUUGGGCAGUAUGAACACUGGCGAAGUUUUGGAUCUGUUCAAGGUCUCCAGUGAACCUGUACAAAAGGCUGCUAGCGCCAUAAGAUCCUCGAAGGGUGGGUCUCGACCUGAACCAUGUGACACUUUCAGACUGACUAAUAUACUGCGUAGACUGGAAGACCUGCCGCCCGAAGACGAGUACUCCGAAUUGUCGAUGGCAAAUUUCAUGAGCAAGAUAUAG